AAUUAAUGAGAUUUGUACAUAUCUGCUUAAUUCUUUUAAUAACAAAUGCUACAAAAUUUUUAGAUGAAACCCCAGUUUUUGAAGAGUAGGCAGAAGUUUAAAUUAAAUAUGAUGAACCAAAAUCACUAUUCACAGAAGAAUAAUUUGCUUAAAAUACAGAGUUCUAUUAAAAUAAGAAUGAACCCUUUGAUUACUAAUCUGAAUAGAUCUCACCAUUAUCAACUGUUGAUUAAUAACAAAUUUUAUUAGCUUAUGAAAAGGAUCUCUAACCUGAAGGUGACUGUGUAAUUUUAUAUGCUGAAUGUGAAUUUAAAGGAACAUCUAAAAAAGUAUGCAAUGGUGCAGAAGAAGUAAUGAGCUUCUCACUUCCUGUAUUUUCUAUUUAUAUACCUGAAUUGUAAAUAAACUAUCUAUUUUUAGAGAACAAUUUUCAACAAUCGAUAUAAAUAGUAAUACUUAAGUUACAUUUUUAACAAGCGAUAAAUGUUUAGAACAACCAAUCGUGAUGGCUGAUACUUAAUUAGAUUUUUUUAUAGCAAAAUCAAUGUAAAAUUGGAUAGGAUAAAGCACAGGUAUUAAAUUGUAAAUUUAUAAAAGGAAUAACUCAAUUUAUGUAAUAAGAAUAGGUGAUAGAGUCAGAUAAUACAGAUGUAUAAGUUGAAUAAUAAGAAACUGUAGAUUAAUAAUAAGAUUAAUAGGCAUAAGAAUCAUAGGAUGGAAAUGUUGAGUAGCAAAAUGAUUAAUAAAUUGAAUAAUAAAAUGAAUAAGUUAUUGAACAAUAAGUUGAAUAAUAACCUGAAUAAUAAUAAUAAUAAGAUGAAUAAUAAUAAUAAUAAGAUGAAUAAUAAUAAUAAUAAGAUGAAUAAUAAACAACAGAAUAAUAAUAAGAGACAGAAGUUUAAGAACAAUAAUCUGUACAGAACGAAUAACAAUCUGAUUCAUAAAAUCAAGAAUCUUAAUAAGACUAACAAGAAUAAAUUAAUAAUGCAUAAUUGCCAGAAUAAGAUAACUAAUCUGAAAAUUAAGAGGAGCAAUAAUAAGAGGAUACAACUAUUGAAUAAAAUUAAGAUAAUGAUACAUAAAAUACAGAUCAACCUCAAGAUUAAGUUCAAUAAUAAACAGAAGGAGAAACAUAAAAUCAAUAAUAAGAAUAAUAAAAUGAAGAAUUAUAGGAAAAAUAAUUAGAUGAAAUUGUGGAGACUGUUGAAUAAGUUGUAGAAUAAGUCUAAGAAAAACAAUAGGCUGAAUUGGAGGUUGAAAAUUAAUAAUUAUAAAAAGAGGAAUCAUAAGAACAAUAAUAGACUGAAUAAACAGAAUAAUCUGUUGAUGAUUUACCAUAAAAUUAAGAAACAGAAUAAUAGUAUACUAAAACUGAAACAGCAGAACCACUUGUGGGAUAAUCAUAAUAUACAAAAUGA